AUGUUCUCUUGGAUUUUUAUCUCCUGCUUUCUGAAGAUUCCCUUUCUUGUGUCCUCACAAAGCAGCAGUGACUGCUUAGUCAGAAUCAAUUACCAUUUGUAUCAUGAAGGAAAUGUGGUGAUUGCUGGUUUUUUUCCUGCUUAUUCCAUCUACCCACUCAACAAAACAGCUGAUUGGAGUAUGCAAAAAUUUGUCAGAGAUUUUAUGAUCCAGAUUAAGUUGAGGAACUACCAGUGUAUUUUGGCCAUGAGGUUUGCCAUUGAGGAGAUCAACAGCAAUCCCCAUCUUUUACCAAACACAUCUCUGGGAUUUGAUGUCUAUAAUGUUCCACAGGGUGAAAGAAACAUUGUGGCCAAUAUUUUUGGGUGGCUCUCAGGAAAGAAAAUUGGGAAACCUAACUAUAGUUGUGCACAUAGCAAGUCAGCAGCAGUACUUACAGGAACAUCAUGGAUAAUAUCUGAAUGCAUAGGAACAUUCCUAGAUCUAUACAAAUUUCCACAGCUUACUAUCGGGCCCUUUGAUUCUAUGCUGAGUGACAGAGGCCAGUUUUCUUCACUGUACCAGAUGGCCCCCAAGGACAAAUUACUGACACUGGGCAUAGCCUCUUUGAUGAUUCAUUUUCACUGGACCUGGAUAGGACUGUUCAUUGAAGAUGACCACAAAGGCACCCAGAUUCUAUCAGACUUGAGAAAAGAGAUGGACAAAAGUGGAAUCUGCAUAGCAUUUGUGGAAAUGAUCCUUGUCAGCAGGGGUUCGACUCUGACCAGACCUUGGAAAAAUCAGGAGCAGAUUCUGGAAUCAUCAGCCAAUGUGAUUAUUAUUUAUGGGGACACUGAUUCUCUGUUGAGCUUAAUAGUAAAUAUUAAGCAGAAGUUACUCACAUGGAAAGUCUGGAUCCUGACCUCACAGUGGGAUGCUUCCAAAUUUGAUGAUUAUUUCAUGUUAGAUUCAAUGCAUGGAGCUCUUAUUUUUUCUCACCAUUAUGGUGAGGUAGUUAAUUUUACAGACUUCAUCCAGACAGCCAACCCUUUUAAAUAUCCAGAAGACAUUUAUCUUCAUAUAUUGUGGCAAAUAUUCUUCAACUGCUCGUUUUCAAGAAAGAAUUGUAAAAUAUUGGGUAACUGUCUGCCCAAUGCUUCCUUGGGAUUCUUGCCUGGGAAUAUAUUUGACAUGGCCAUGAGUGAAGAGAGUUACAAUGUGUACAAUGCUGUGUAUGCAGUGGCCCACAGUCUCCAUGAGAUGAUUCUCAAUCAAGUACAAGUUCAACCAAGUGCAAAUGGGAAAGAGAUGGUGUUUUCCCCCUGGCAGAUUCAUCCUUUUCUGAAGAACAGACAGCUAAAAAGCCCCACUGGGGAUGACAUGGAUCUAGGUGGGAAAAGGAAAUCGGAUGUAGAGUAUGAUGUUUUCAACUUCUGGAAUUUCCCAAAAGGUCUCGGGAUAAAAGUCAAAGUAGGAAAAUUUUCUAUAAAUGCUCCCCAGGGUCAACAGUUUUCUUUAUCUGAGAACAUGAUACAGUGGCCCCAAGGAUUUACAGAGAUUCCUCAAUCUGUGUGCAGUGAGAGCUGCCCUCCUGGAUUCAGGAAAAAGACCCAGGAGGGCAAGCCUGCCUGUUGCUUUGACUGCAUUCCUUGCCUAGAGAAUGAAAUUUCCAAUGAAUCUGAUAUGGAUCGAUGUGGGAAGUGUCCAGAAGGUCACUAUGCAAACACAGAGAGGAAACACUGCCUACCUAAGUCUGUGACCACCCUGACCUAUGAUGACCUCUUGGGGAAGACACUCACUUUCAUGUCCCUGGGCUUCUCCUCACUCACAGCUGUUGUUCUUGGGGUCUUUCUGAAGCACAGAGACACUCCCAUUGUCAAGGCCAAUAAUAGAUCUCUCAGUUACAUCCUGCUCAUCACUCUCACCUUCUGUUUUCUCUGCCCCUUGCUCUUCAUUGGCAUUCCCAACACAGCCAUCUGUAUCCUGCAGCAGAAUGCAUUUGGAUUUCUGUUCACUGUGGCUCUUUCUACUGUGUUGGCUAAAACUAUUACUGUAGUUAUGGCCUUCAAGGUCACUGCUCUGGGACGUAUGAUGAGGUGGUUAAUGAUAUCAAGGAUUUCUAACAUCAUCAUUCCCCUCUGCACCCUUAUCCAACUUGUUCUUUCUGGAAUAUGGCUGUCAACUUACCCACCCUUUGUUGAAAGAGAUACUCACUCUGAACAUAGACACAUCAUCAUCAUGUGUAAUAAGGGCUCAUCUAUUGCCUUCCAUUGCAUCCUGGGAUAUCUGGGAAUCCUGGCCCUAGGGAGCUAUCUUAUGGCUUUCUUAUCCAGGAAUCUACCUAACACAUUCAAUGAAGCCAAGUUUCUGUCUUUCAGCAUGCUAGUGUUCUGCAGUGUCUGGGUCACUUUCCUGCCCAUCUACCACAGCACCAAGGGGAGGGUCAUGGUAUCUAUGGAAGUCUUCUCUAUCUUGGCUUCCAGUGCAGGGAUCCUGUGCCUCAUCUUUGCACCUAAGUGCUACAUCAUAUUAUUAAGGCCAGAUAGAAAUUCGGUUCAUAACAUCAAAAGCAAAAUACAUUCUAGGAGAAAAAUCCUUCUCAAAACUUAG